AUGUCGGCGGAGGGCCGCGCCGAGCAUCCGGCCGAAUCGAACCCGCGCAAGGUCGACGAACUGUCUCUGGCGCCUGGUGAGACUGAGGGAGAAAACGUUGAAGGCAUUCCGCCUGCGAAGGGCUCCCCACUCCCAAUUCGAGAUGGAAUGGGCACAGAUGGUAACCAGGAGGUCGAGGCGCUGAGGGAAGAUAUCAGCACUGCUGUCAGCACACCAACAACAGAUGUGCCCUUGCUGCUUCGCAGCGUCUCUCCUGACUCUGCAACCCUCAAGUCUGCUUGCAAGGUGGCCCAGGUGCCCCCCUCACAGUCAUCGUUAUACCCAGAGGAAAUGUUGACCACUCAUUCCGUGGCAACCCAGCCCAUGGUGGCAUACUCAGAUGCCAAAGCUUGCUCGCUUGUUUCCUCCAUGCCCAUGGACGGUGAACACAUUGAUGCUCUAUUUGCCCCCACCUCCGAGCCAGAGACCAUGGACAUGCGAACGCAACACCUUGGCUGCCAUUCUGGGAACUUUCAUGAGGGCCCUGAGCACUACGCUCAGCAGCGCUGCAGGGCCUCUGAAGAGCCUAUUGGUUUGGCACCCAGUUUGGGCACCUCACACACGGCUGCUGGGGACAAUGGCGACCUUUUCCCCAGAAAAUCUGACCUAACACCCAUCUCCUUGGGCGCACUUGUGGACAUGGGGCAAUGUCCAUCGGAACCAUCAGCACAAAUAGAGAAUGACGAGGCGCUCUUGAGGGACUACUCUGUGUAUGGGCUGCUUGGAUCGCCCACGGAAGGGGGCAGGUCAAUUCCACUGUCAUCUACAGAUGUCAUAGAGAUGCAGCACCCCAUAAUCGCAGGCGGGCAUGGGGCACCAUACUUGCCUGCUGUGCCGAUGCAGCCAAAGUACUACCACCAGCUCUUGUCUCCGGGGAUGACCUUUACAUCAGGAAGUCAAGGAAUGGCUAUGAAGCGAUCACGGCAGGAUGUCAAUGGGCUGUUUGUGGAUGAGCCAGAUGGCAAACGCGGAAGGCUAGAGGAUCAAGGCAUUGAACCGUCUCCAAAUAAGGAGUACAGACCGAUCGGAAUGGUGAAGUCGGCCAAGUUCAACGGGGUGUUCAGGCAAAAACCUUUGAGGAGAUGGGAUGCGGUGCUUGUGUUUGAUGGCGCAGAACACCACCUUGGGACAUAUGACACAGAGGAGGAGUCUGCACGUGCCUACGAUCGUGCCCUGAUUUUCAGAUGGGGCAGGGAAGAGGCUGUCUUGAAAGGGCUGAACUUUCCCCUGACAGACUAUCCAAUUUGUGACAAACUGUUAGCAAGGGACCUUCUCACUGCGAUUCGGGAAAUGAAAGGGGAGCCAGAAACUGUGGUAGAUACCAAAAUAGACAGUUGCCCUACAAAGAGGUCCUCACCAUACCGAGGCGUGAGUGGCCACAAGCAGACAGGCAAAUGGAUAUCACAAGUCAAGCACAACAGGCGGCAGGUUUAUUUGGGCUUCUAUUCUGACCAAGAGAUGGCCGCACAUGCCUACGACCAAGCAGCAAUCAAGGUCUAUGGCAGGGAGACCCAACUGAACUUUCCCUUGUCUACUUAUGCCCACAUCUUGGACCACAUCGAAAGUGCACCUCUGGAUCAACUUGUGGAGGAAUUGCGGACGCAAGCCCUUGGAAAGACACGGGCUCCCAAGAGCGUGAAUCCGUCACAGUUUCGUGGCGUUGUUCAGGACAAGAGUGGCCGUUGGCGUGCUCAGAUAUCUGUUCUCGGUCACGGGACGUUGUACCUGGGUGUGUACGAUGAAGAGACGAUAGCCGCCAGGGCUUUCGACCAAGCGGCCAUAUGUGCAAAGGGCAAGGACAAGGCGAGGACCAACUUCCCCACCGAGUGCUACGCUGACCAGCUUCCCCACCUGGAGUCCACGACGAUCGACCAGCUGGCCAAGGAGCUGCGUGCCCACGCGGCCGUCAUGAAGAAGCAGUCCUCGUCGAAGGACGGGAUCGGCUCCAGGCGCCGCGCAUCGUCCUCCAAGCAGGGGUCCAAACAUGCCUCCCUCGGUCCCACCCCCCAGGACUCCCGCCCCCUCCUGGGGCCCCGGGACUGCAACCCCGACCUGAUUACCACCUCCCAUGACGCGAUGACGAAUCGAGGCUGUGACGACGACAUAAAUGACGCAAACAUCGGGCCUGCUGACGUGGGCAACCACCAGGGGCGAGCCGAGGAGGUCGGGCUAGGCCCCAGGGACCUGGGGAUGGGGGCGGGCGGCCUGGUGGCGGGGGUGGGGGAUGGGGAGUUCGAGGGAUGUCCGAGAUCGGGCGGGGAGUUGAGUUUCAUGGCGCCACCGAGUUUGUACGCCAAUUUGCCGUGCAACAUCGCAGGCGUGGCGCCGCCCGUGGGGCCCAUGUACGGCGUGCCUUCGGGCCCGGGUGGCGAGCACAUGGGCUCACAGGGCAGGGGGCCGUUUGGGUUCGGCAUGGGGGACGCGGUGGCGCCGCAGAGCAAUGGCGAGGCCUGA